UUGCAAGACUUCAGGGUGUUAUUAAAGCAAAAUAGAAACUGCAAUAAAAAUGUUUGGCAAAGGGAAACUUGAAGCGAUGGAAGUGAAUGCAGCCGACAUGGAUAUAUUUAGCAGAAUGUGGUGUUUUCUAUGAGGGGUCCCAUGUUUUGUAUGAAUGUUCCCCUAUUAUUGCGAGUAAAAUAUCUGAUUAAUAUUAUAAUUUUGGGGACAGAUUCCUCAGAUAUCUGACUUGAUACUGGAGACAAGUUAUAUAUUAAAUGAAGAGUGAAUUCCAUUGAUGUCAUUGACGUUUGUCCGGACCCUAACCCCCUCAUGGCACCCUGUUGGACCCCUGUUUGUAGAAAACUCUGCAGUGUGACUGGCUGAGUGUGUGAGGAGGAGGAGGGGCUCUCAUCUGUCAGCUCCGCCCGCCCUCCUGCUGUCUGUCCGGGGUUUGGAGGCGAAGUGAGGGGCCGCUUUCAGUGAGCCGUCGCUUCGGUAAAAAUCGAGGGAGGAGAGCGGUCAACAUGACGACCAACAUCAGGUACAAAAGCCGGAUCCCGGUUAAAACAGAGGAUAGCGCAGAGGAGAAACAGUAUGUGGGUUUUGCAACUCUGCCCAACCAGGUUCACAGGAAGUCUGUGAAGAAAGGCUUCGAUUUCACGCUGAUGGUGGCAGGAGAGUCUGGUAUGGGUAAAUCCACCCUGGUCAACAGCCUGUUCCUCACUGACCUCUACAAAGACAGGAAGUUACUGAACGCUGAGGAGCGUAUUAACCAGACCGUCGAGAUUAUCAAGCACACUGUGGACAUUGAGGAGAAAGGAGUCAAGCUCAAACUGACCAUCGUAGACACGCCGGGGUUCGGAGACGCCGUCAACAACAACGAGUGCUGGAAGCCAAUCACAGACUACAUAGAUCAGCAGUUUGAGCAAUACUUCAGGGAUGAGAGCGGGCUGAACAGAAAGAACAUCCAGGACAACCGAGUCCACUGCUGCCUCUACUUCAUCCCUCCAUUUGGGCACGGGCUGCGUCCAGUGGAUGUUGAGUUCAUGAAGGGUCUGCAUGAGAAGGUGAACAUAAUUCCACUCAUUGCGAAAGCCGACUGCCUCACGCCCAACGAGAUAAAAAAGCUCAAAGACAGAAUACGAGAGGAAAUUGACAAGUUUGGGAUAAAAGUGUACCAGUUCCCCGAAUGUGACUCCGAUGAGGAUGAAGAGUUUAAACAACUUGAUAAAGAGCUGAAGGAGUGCACCCCGUUUGCUGUGAUCGGCAGUAAUACAGUGGUGGAAGCUCGAGGGCAGCGAGUGAGAGGCAGACUGUACCCCUGGGGAAUCGUCGAAGUGGAGAACCAGUCGCACUGUGACUUUGUGAAAUUGAGGAACAUGCUGAUUCGUUCACACAUGCACGACCUCAAAGACGUGACCUGCGACGUUCACUACGAAAACUACAGAGCGCAGUGCAUACAGGAGAUGACCAGUAAACUGGCUCAGGACAACCGUAUGGAGAGUCCCAUCCCUAUUCUGCCGCUCUCCACCCCGGAUGUGGAGACUGAGAAACUAAUCAAAAUGAAAGAUGAGGAGCUGAAGAGGAUGCAGGAGAUGCUGAAUAAGAUGCAGCAGCAGAUGCACGACAAAGACCAGUGAUGUCUCUCCAGAGCAGAGCUGGGCUGCAGCGCCGCCUACUGUUUCCCCUCUGAACAACAGUGAGACCUUCAGACUUUGAACAUGGAUAUCACGUGUUUGUGGCAACUCUGGCUGUACAUUUAUUCUCAGUUUGGUGCUUUGUAUAGUUUCUCUGCCUGGAGGGUUGUUUGUCAGAGUUUUAUUUUUUUUUCUCUCUCUGAAACUUUCCGUUUGCCCACUUUGAGCCCCUUGCUGUGGUUUAACAGUCUUAACAUAUAUAAUAUAAAUGCGUAAUUUAAAUUACUACUCAGUGUAUCUAAUUUAUAAAUGCAAUGCUAAACUUUUUGGAUAUUUUGUCAGGGUAUGAACAUGUGUGCUACAAGAUGUUUUGUAAAGAAAUUUAGCUUGUUGGUGAUGAUGUUUGAAUUUGAAUAUGCAUAUUGUUUUUUAUUAUAUGUUUGUGAGUGUGUGUUUGGGUGUGUGAGCAUUUGUAUUUCAUGAAAUUUCCUCUGGUAUCACCACAUAUCCGUCCAUAAAACUCCCAUUUGUCCAUUUGACUUUACUUUUGUUAAAAUCCAACUUUGGCUCUUGUUAUUUUGCUCUCUGAUCCUCAUAAAUACCUUCAUGUGACAUUGUUUCACCUAUGGCAAAUCAAAAUAUCCUCUCCCAGCAUUUGUAUAUGUGCUGGCUGAAAAUGCACUUAUUGCCAGUGGCUAACUGUGAAUGGAGAGCCUUUGACAUAACGAGGGGGUUGGUGCAGUACAGGGUGCAUGUGCAAGCAUGCUGCCAUUACUCAUAUCUGUCAAAUGCUUUGGGCCUAUUUUUACUGCUUUAUAGCCGAUGCCCUGUGCUUUUAAUAAAAUGCAUCAUGACCUGCAGGAUGCUCUGUUGCCACUAUGGGAUGGUAAAAAUAGAGCAAUAACGAGGAGCAAAUACUUUGUCUAUGCUUGUGUUUUAAAUAUCUCUCCUUGGAGUUGCUGCAUUCUGCCAGUGAAGAUGUGUGAGUUUAGAUUGUUUGAGUGUGUGUGUGUGUGUGUUUAUAGGCUGAUGCUGAGGAACAGUACAUAUUUUGCCUGAAGGCUGUGAGCUCAGCCUGUGCCCCAUUUAUAAAGGUGUGACAAAUAAACUCUUGUUUCU